UAUAACAUCAUUUCUAUAAGAGGUUAAUGUUUUCAUAAUGUCGACUAACAUUCCUACAAAUACUACAGAAUCGCCGACAAAAUUGCCAAUAAAUGACAACAAACAAGAAAGAGGUGAUCAUAAGGUUAUAACUCAGAGCACAGAAUUGAAGGAUAAGUUGAAUGAACUCAACUUAAAUGAUUUGGCCAUUGAAUUGAAAAAUCUUAAGUUUACUUAUAAUAAAUCAAAAACUGGAUAUUUAUUGAAUGAUAUUAACCUAACUUUCCCCAGAAGUGCUAUAUAUGGAUUUAUAGGUCCCAGUGGUUGUGGAAAGACUACAAUAAUUAGAUUAAUUGUCGGACGACUAAAACCAAAUGACGGAACCAUUACUAUAAAUGGCAAACCAAUGACUGAUCCUUUAAACAAAAUACCCGGCGUUGGUAUCGGAUAUAUGCCACAGGAUUAUUCGUUAUAUGAAGAAUUCACAAUAAUGGAAACAUUCAAUUAUUAUUCAAAAAUCUAUGGAUUGACUGAAAGUUAUAAAAACAAAAGAAUUAAGUUUUUAAUCAAAUUUCUUGAACUCUCGGAUCCAAAUGGUUUGAUUCGAGAUCUUAGCGGAGGUCAGAAGAGAUGUACAUCAUUAGCCAUUGCUAUCAUUCAUAGUCCACCACUUCUUAUACUCGAUGAACCAACAGUUGGUGUCGAUCCCAUACUUAGGGAGAGAGUUUGGCAGCAUUUGGUUUAUUUGUCAAGCGUUGAGAAGACAUCAAUCCUGAUAACCACUUAUAACAUUGAAGAGUGUAUGAGAGCACACAUCAUAUCAUUGAUGAGAAGCGGAAAACUGUUGGUCGAGAACUCGCCGUCAACUUUACUCAAACACUUUAAAACUGAUACUUUAGAGGAUGUCUUUCUUCAAGUUUGCAAAUUUGAAGAACAACCUAACAGUCCGGCUUCAAUGCCUCCCACUAUAGCUCAAGUAAAGGCAACCAAACCCAUGAAGACAACAGUAGAUAAUAAAAACAAUAUUAAUGCCAUAAUUGCAAAGUCUGAGUCAAAGUUCACAAAACGAUUUCAAGCAUUGGUUCACAAAAACCUUAUGAGACUUUGGAGACAAAAAUUUUUGUCAUUUGUUAUAAUAAUCUUACCGAUGAUCAUAAUAUCAUUGUUUUGCAUUUGUAUUGGAAAAAUGCCGUCGAGAAUAAAGAUCGCUGUUUUCAAUGAAGAAUCAAAAGAUGGUUUAAGUGAUAAAUUUCUUAACAAAAUCGAUAAACAAAUAUUGAAUUUAAAAUUGUAUUCAUCGACACAACAGGCAAUCGAAACGGUCAGAAACGGCAAAACAUUUGGUGCACUUCUUAUACCGAAAAACUUUUCUAUUGCUUUGAAAACUAGAAUUACCGCCAAAGGGUUAGUCGUCUCGGAUCAGACACUCAGUGACAGUACUAUUAAAUUUAUGGGAGAUUUAACAGAAUUAAUAAUAUAUCAAACCGUAUUCAAAGCUUUACUCGAGGCUGAGAUAACCUUUGAAAUCCAAAUGAUUAGUGAUUUAGGAAAGCAAUCAAAUGUUUCACAAAAGCCUAAUUUUCGGGCAAUAAUGCCAAUCAUUGAGUUUGUUGAUCCACCCAUUUAUGGCUCAAUGAAGCCGUCAAUGCGUAACUUUGCGGCCCCGGGUUUCAUAAUACUUAUUAUAUAUUCACUUUCUAUGACUUUAACGGCCCUUAAUGWGGUCGCCGAAAGAAAACUAGGAUUAUUGGACAGAACUCUUAUAGCAGGCAUUAAAUCAUCGGAAAUAUUAAUGGCAGAGAUUUGUGUCCAACAGAUUGUUUUGUUUCUUCAAAUCAUUCUUCUGUUUAUUGCAUUGUUUCUAAUUUUUCACAUCAAAAAUGACGGAUCGGUUAUACUUGUCUUUAUAAUGACUAUACUUCAGGGUAUCUGUGGAAUGACUUUUGGUUUAUUCAUAUCAGGGAUGAGGAAUAGUGAAGAUCAGACACUAUUUCUAUGUAUAGGAUGUGUUGUCCCAUAUUUGGUCAUAUCUGGCAUAUUAUGGCCACUGGAAGGCAUGCACUUUAUAUUACAAAUCUUAUCAAAGUUAACGCCACAAACUCUUCCGAUUCAGUCUUUAAGAAACAUUAUGCUUAAGGGUUGGGACUUCAGCUAUACAUUAGUUUGGAUUGGAUUUAUUAGUACCAUCUUCUGGAUCAUUGUCUUUGCAGUUUUAGCCACAAUAUUCAGUUCUUUUAAAUAA